AUGGCCGCCCUGAAGAGCGAUGCACUUGGCCGCGCUGCGAAGGCGUCCCCACCAGACCCCUCGUCGCCCCUGGCCCGCAUGAUGCGCGAAUUUGAGGAGCUGGUCAAGACUUUUGAGGAGGGUUUGCUGCGUUCUCUUGAGGACGGCGAGCACAAGGACCACCGCCCGGAACACGUCCAUCGUGAGGCCUGCAGGCUGGCCAUCUCCGACCUCAGUAGCAAGUACACACCAAAGUACAUCCGUCGGUCCCUGAAUGCCGCCGAAUCCGAGGGCAAGCGCGUAGAGGACCAGCUGCAAAACUUGUCACUGAGCCCCGACACCGACACCGACGACGACGACCAAGAUGGCGACGAGCACCUGGGCAGUCUGCACAAUGGCUACUUCCGCCUCUACUCGAGCGAGCUGUUUGAUCUCCUGGGCGAGCCCACCGACCUGCGCUUCGGCACCCUGCGCUUUCACAAAAACUCGCCGCCCAGUCCCCUGCCCGAGACCUCCUCGCCCCAGUCACCCUGGGUCACCGUCGAGCUCGCCCUCAACGACUCCUUCUUCGUCGCCGACUCCAUGGAGACAUUGCCCUACCACACGUUCCGUCUGCCCACCACCCCCUCUUUACGGAACUGCGGCAUACUCAGCAGGAAGCCCGAGGACCCGGGCUUUCCCGAAUUCGACUCGUGGCUGCUCUUCACCUUUCUCGGCAACGGCUGCAUCAAGCUCGAGGUGCCCAUUGAAAUGUGCGCAGACAUCUACGGUGGUAACCUGUGCGGACGCGAGAACGAGGAAGUGCUAUUCUGGGGUAUCUUUGUCGACGACGACGAGUGA